UCCAAAAUAAAUAAAUAAAUCAAAACAUGACAAAUUUUAAAAACCUCCAACAAUUAUAAAUUGGGCAGCCUUCUCCUUGAAAACAUUUCAAGCACUCACACUUCUCAUUUUCCUCCCUAUAGAAUUAAGAAAAUUUAAAUCCUCUGUAAUUCCCUCUUCUCUUAAUUUCCUUGCUUAGUUAAACCAUAUAAAUACCAAUUCUUUUAUAUAUAUAAAGAAAAUGGAUGGAAAAAUUAGUUCUGAUCUUCCUCCUGGCUUUAGGUUCCAUCCAACAGAUGAAGAAUUAAUCAUGUAUUAUCUUCGAUAUCAAGCUACCUCGAGGCCAUGUCCUGUCUCAAUUAUCCCCGAAAUUGAUAUCUACAAGUUCGAUCCCUGGGAAUUACCUGAAAAAGCAGAAUUUGGAGAAAAUGAGUGGUACUUUUUUACCCCUAGAGAUAGAAAAUAUCCAAAUGGUGUUAGGCCAAAUAGAGCAGCUGUGUCAGGUUAUUGGAAGGCUACUGGCACUGAUAAAGCAAUAUAUAGUGCAUCUAAAUAUGUUGGAGUUAAAAAAGCUCUUGUUUUUUACAAAGGCAAACCACCAAAAGGUGUCAAGACUGAUUGGAUCAUGCAUGAAUAUCGUUUGAUUGAUUCAAAGUCUCAAACUACUAAGCAAAGUGGAUCUAUGAGGUUAGAUGAUUGGGUACUUUGUAGAAUUUACAAGAAGAAGAAUUUGGGAAAAACUAUAGAGAUGAUGAAAGUUGAAGAAGAAGAGUUGGAGACACAAAAUGUGAGUACAAAUAAUACAAUUGAAGUUGUUAGUGGACCACAAACAAUGAAAUUACCAAGGAUUUGUUCAUUGUCACAUCUAUUGGAAUUGGAUUAUUUUGGGUCAAUUCCAACAUUACUAGGUGACAAUUUAUUAUAUGAUGAUGACCAAAGUUACACAAUGAACAACGUUAGUAACACAAAUAAUGUGGAGAAAUUUCAACUAGGAGAUCAAGUAUCAUCACAACAACAAAAUACAAAUAAUAUUACAAGUAAUAAUUGUAAUAUUUUCUUCAAUUAUCAGCAGCCACUUUUUGUGAAUCCAACAUUUCAAUUCCAAUGACAAUCAGUGGAGGAGGCAAGAUAUUCAUCAAAAGUGUUCGAAGUAAAAGGAGGGUGAAUAUGCAAAUAUAUAUCAAAUUUGAUCUUACAUGUACAAUGUACUUUUUCAAAGAAGGAUUCAGAUGACCUCCUUCCGCCACCCUAAUGAGAAUAUAAUUUACAUGGAGGCUAUUGGAUGAAAAGGUGACAUCAGAAGUUUAUGACAACAAUUGUAAAAUAUAAUUAAAAGUUGUGUCAAUGGUAUUAUAUUAGCAAGAAAUCUAGUAGUGGGGGGCAACAAAUUGUUGUUGUAUUAUAUUAGAAUUUAGUUUCUCAGCUUGUAUUUGAAAAAAAAAAUAGCUUGUGAAAUUUUAAUAAAUAUUUUUCAGCAGUCUACCUUUGAUUUUCUUUUAUUUUUUUAUUUUAUAAUGAAUUGUCAAAUUGAAUAGAUUUUGGAAUCAAACUUCAACUCUACUCCUUUUAAACCUCUAUUCAUAUUAUUUUCCCUAUAGU